AAAAAAAAAAUAACAUUUAUCACUAAUUUAUGUAAUAAUGCAAUAAUAUUUCUCUAGUUAAUCACUUCGGAGAAUUGAUAUUUUUAUUUUAUAUCCUGCGAUUUUGAUCACUGAACGUUUGCCACAACGGGUCUUCUAUCGACUUUCUACGAACCGCCAUUGCUCGCUCUUCACUUGUAACUUCUUAAAGUGGAUGCUUGAGGUUGCUGGGCUCAUAGUCAUAGAGUGAGAAUAAUGAGCAUUGUACCAAAAGAGAAUAUUGAGGUCAUUGCUCAAAGCAUUGGGAUCAACAAUUUGUCUUCCGAUGUUGCUCUAGCUCUUGCUCCCGAUGUCGAAUAUCGGUUGCGUGAGAUUAUGCAGGAGGCUAUUAAAUGCAUGCGUCAUUCUAGGAGGACUCGAUUGUCGGUUGAUGAUGUUGAUGCUGCACUAAAUUUAAGAAAUGUGGAGCCUAUUUAUGGAUUUUCCUCUGGAGGCCAGUUGCGGUUCAAAAGGGCUGUUGGAUAUAGAGAUUUGUUUUACAUUGAUGACAGGGAUGUGGAUUUUAAAGAUGUGAUUGAGGCUCCUUUACCAAAAGUGCCUCUUGAUACUGCAGUUUUUUGUCAUUGGCUGGCUAUUGAUGGGGUACAACCCGCAAUUCCAGAGAAUGCUCCUGUGUCAGUAAUUGCAGCUCCUGAUGAUGCCAAAAAGUCUGAACAAAAGGAUGAAGGAGUUGCUGUUGACAUUAAACUACCAGUUAAGCACGUAGUAUCUAAAGAGCUUCAGCUUUAUUUUGAUAAAAUCACUGAACUUGUUGUAAGUAAGUCGGAUUCAGUUUUGUUUAAAGAAGCACUAGUCAGUUUGGCUACAGAUUCAGGACUUCAUCCUCUAGUUCCUUAUUUCACAUGCUUUAUCGCUGAUGAGGUUACUCGUGGCUUGAAUGAUUAUCAUCUUCUCCUUGCUUUGAUGCGAGUUGUUUGGAGUCUGCUCCAGAAUCCUCAUAUACAGAUAGAGCCUUAUCUACAUCAAUUGAUGCCACCCGUGGUGACUUGCCUUGUAGCGAAAAGGUUAGGGAACAGGUUUGCAGACAAUCACUGGGAACUUAGAGAUUUCACAGCUAAACUGGUUGCUUCAAUCUGCAAAAGAUUUGGACAUGUUUAUAACACUCUCCAGACGCGUCUUACAAAAACUUUGCUCAAUGCAUUUUUGGACCCAAAACGGGCAUUGACUCAGCAUUAUGGUGCAAUUCAAGGGCUAACAGCUAUAGGACCCAAUGUGGUUCGACUUCUUAUGCUGCCAAAUCUUGAGCCAUAUCUUCGGCUUCUUGAACCAGAGUUACUUCUAGAGAAACAAAAGAAUGAGAUGAAGAGAUAUGAAGCAUGGCGUGUUUAUGGAGCCUUGCUGCAUGCAGCAGGUCAUUGUAUUUAUGAUCGCCUUAAGAUAUUUCCGUCGUUGCAUUCUCCUGCUGCCCGUGCUGUCUGGAGAGCAAAUGCAAGAGUUGUUACCAUCACGCCAACGCCAAAUAAACGGAAGGCAAUCAUGGAUGUUGUGGAGCAGCCGCCGCCUAAGAAAAUGGCUACCGAUGGCCUUAUUUGUUCACCGUCGUUGAAUUCGUCCCCAUCUCACCUGCAGGGUGAAACAGCUGUUAUAGCUAAUUCAGGAGAAUCCAAUGAAGGUCCAUCGUCCUCAGUGCCUAAUGAGAUUGUUUCAGACAAAAAAGGUGGAAAGAAUGAGGUCAACGGGCGACAUUUAAAAACAUCAGCCAUGCUUGCACAGGUCUGGAAGGAUGACUUGGACUCUGGAUCUCUCCUGGUAAAAUUGUUUGAGCUCUUUGGGGAAAGCAUCCUUUCCUUCAUCCCAGCUCCCGAAAUGUCUUUGUUUCUGUAACCAUACAUGGUUUUAUAUUUUUAGGCUUAGCUAUACAGAUUCUUUUGUAGAUAAGAGUUAUGGAGAUUUCAAGGACCUACAUUUCUGUCUGUAACUCUAAAUUUUUGUUACAACUUUUUCAAUGAAAAUCAUAUUUUCCAUAGGAA